AAGAACAUGCAUGUAUGGUUGCAUGUAGAGUAGAUACAUACAAGAUCGUCUGUUCUCAUAGCAUUCCAGUUCUCAGUUGGCUCACGUGUUUGUUUACCGGUUCUGCUUUGGCGCGGUAAUUUUAUUGAAAAAAUGGCAAAACAAUUGAAUGAUCAAAUUUUAGAUUAUUUGGAGCAACACGGAGAAGUGAAUUCUUUGGUUCUCGCAGAUAUUUUUAAAGAAAAUCAUCAAAAAAUAAUUGGAGCGAUCAAAAGUCUGGAAGCGAUCGGUGAUUUAAUUACAACGAAACAAGUAAGCGAGAGAAAGUGGGAGUUAACAUCGGAAGGACAGCACGUGGUAAGUUAUGGAAGCCACGAAGCAGCAGUGUAUAACAUCAUCCCCGAUGAUGGAAUGCCUCAAUCUGAAAUUAUGCAAAAAGUCCCAUUCGCAAAAGUUGGACUUUCAAAAGCUCUGUUGGCUGGCUGGAUAGACAUUGACAGAAGCAGUGGUACACCUAUUAUAAAAAAGAAAGUACAAUCUAUUGUAGACAUGACGCAAAAUCAUUUAAAAGAUAUAGCAAAUAUGACUGAUCGUCUGAAAAGUGACUAUAAGAAAAGAAAACUAAUUCAAGAAGUAAUUAUCAAGUCUGUACUAUUGGGGAAAGGUCCAAACUUUACAACAAAACUUGAGAAAUUAGAAACAGAAUUGACUGCGGACUUGUUAGUGAAUGGUGCUUGGAAAACGAAAAAAUUCAAACCAUACAAUUUUUCGGCAAUGGGUUCCACUCUUGAUGUAGGCCACUUGCAUCCCCUGUUAAAAGUUAGGAGUGAAUUUAGGAAAAUCUUCCUUGAAAUGGGAUUCACGGAAAUGCCAACAAAUAAUUUUGUGGAGAGUUCUUUUUGGAAUUUCGAUGCUCUGUUUCAACCUCAGCAACAUCCAGCUAGAGAUAGUCAUGACACCUUUUUCAUAUCUGAUCCAUCUCAUAGCGGAAACUUCCCAAAGGAUUAUUUAGAAAAGGUAAAGAAAGUUCACAGUGAAGGAGGAUACGGAUCUUUAGGGUACCGUUACGAUUGGAAAAUAGAAGAAGCAAAGAAAAAUGUUCUUCGAACUCAUACAACCGCUGUUAGCGCUAGGAUGCUCUACAAAUUAAUGGAGCAGGGCGAAUUUAAACCAGUGAAAUACUUUAGUAUCGAUAGAGUAUUUCGUAAUGAAACAUUGGAUGCUACGCAUCUCGCGGAAUUUCAUCAGAUCGAAGGUGUAGUUGCCGAUUAUAAUCUGACGUUAGGUGACUUGAUAGGAAUAUUGUAUGAAUUUUUUAAGAAACUCGGUAUUACGCAGCUUGAGUUUAAACCAGCGUAUAACCCAUACACCGAGCCAAGUAUGGAAAUUUUCUGUUACCAUAACGGUCUGAAGAAAUGGAUAGAAAUUGGUAACAGUGGAAUGUUCAGACCAGAAAUGCUGUUACCGAUGGGUUUACCGAAUGAUGUGAAUGUAAUUGCUUGGGGAUUAUCUUUAGAAAGGCCGACUAUGAUUAAAUACGGAAUAAAUAAUAUACGAGAUUUAGUUGGGCCAAAAGUGGAUAUGCAAAUGGUUUAUAACAAUCCUAUUUGCCGUCUAAACAAAAUCAGUAAAGUUUCUUUUCAAAAGAAAAGGUCCGAAGAUCGAGUGAAAGAACAGAAAUUCGCCGUGGAAGAAUUGCAGAAGAACCAAGGGGAAUAUUGUACACUGAAAUGUACAGGGAAAUUCGAGAAACAAAAGCUCGUGAUAUUCUGCGAUCCGAAACAUCCGAUGAAAUUCUUGAAAGCAUUCUUCCGUAUCAUCAAAGCGUAUAUUAAGAUCUUCGUAGCGACAUACGUACACUCGACUGUUGAACGUUUCCCAAAGGAUUUAUCGAGUUUCUGUUCGGAAUACAACAACGAAAACACGGACAUUGAAAUUCAUCUGACAGUGAUCUGGAAGGAAAUUGGAAUUGAUCCGAUAAUGCGAUUACCAGGAAUGCGAGAAAUAAUGGGAGAAGUAAAUAUAGCGAGAUACUUGAAUCGCCUGAUUGAAAGUUACAAUCCUGAACUGUUGCGCUACGAGAGCAACGGAGUGUUGUAUGCGAAUCGAAUAGAUUGUUAUUUGGAAAACAUACAUGGUAUUUUACAUUCGGAUGCGGUUCGGUGCAUUCCGAAGAGAUCGCGCUACGUGAUGGGCGAGUACGUCUCCAUCGUGGAUAUGUUUUUGGAACCGUUCGAGCAGUCCAAGUAGCCAGAACUCUGCACGCGAAUAACAUGAGGGGAUAAAUUUUUGUACAAUUUUUAAUCGAUCAAUUUUUUAUCUUAUAGAUACACGAUGUAUUAUAUAUAUAUAUAAUGUGCGAAUAAUAAUGUAUGUACAAUACGUACAAGAUUAUUGUAACGAGAAGAUACAGAUGUUCACGAACGAUUGUAUAUAAUCCCUGGAGAGUGUGCGUGAGUGUAUCCAAUGAGUGCGCGGCGCGUCUGUCUGGUAUGGCGUGUGCCCUCGGGCAUCCGAUAUAUUCUACUCGAAAGGUGCGAUUACACUUGAAUUUGGAUAAACAGGUAAAUCAACUUGAGCUCGUUUAACCGACCUUUCGCUAAAACCAACGCGUAUUAUUCGACUGCAUUUCUCCAUCAAAGCUUUUUAUUCGAUUUUUAUUCGAUUUUUCAUACUUUCACGUCUACGUUUCUACCGCGGUGUAAACGCAGAACACUAUUGUAAUGGACGGCGCAAUAAAAAAAACUAAUAAAUAGCA